CCCAAAGCCGUGCAGCUCAGAACACAGGUGAACUCAAUACUUCUGCAAUCAUUUGAGAGACCUUAUUGCUCAAAGGCAAGAUGGAGCAAACAGCAGGACGCUUGGUUUUGGCUUUUCUCCUGGUUGCCAUGGUCAGUGGGGCAACCAUCCAAAGCAUCACUUGGUGCGCAGUCUCCGAGAUAGAGGAGCAGAAGUGCUUGGAUUUGGCUGGGAACGUCACGCUGCGGAAUGUCCGCGGAAAACUGCUGUGUGUGCGGGGACAGAGCGCGACAGACUGCAUGCAAAGGAUUAAGAACGGCACAGCCGAUGCCGCCUCCAUGUUCCCUGACGAGAUCUACACUGCCGGCAUUUGUUAUGGGUUAGACGUCGCCGUAGGAGAAUCGCACAACGGAAUAGAUGGUGUUAAUUACUACGUGGUGGCAUUGGCACGCAAGUCCUCGGGCGACCUGUCCCUGCUGGAGAUGCAUGAGCGCAGUUCGUGCCACCCGGGUAUCCGCACCACUGUGGGUUGGACGGUUCCCAUCGGCUUCUUGGUCAACACAUCGCAGAUCAGCGUGGACGAACAGUGCAACUUCCCUCAUGCGGUGGGAGAUUUCUUCGGCUACAGCUGUGUCCCAGGGGCUAAAGACCCAGAGCACGACCCCAAAGGGAACAAUCCUAGAAACCUUUGCGAGGCCUGUAUAGGUGACGAGAACGACCGGCAUAUCUGUGUCAACAACCCUCGGGAACGCCACUAUGGUGAGGCAGGAGCACUCAGAUGUGUGGCCGAGAACCUCGGGGACGUAGCCUUUGUGAAACACUCCACUGUCUUUGACAACCUGAAUGGUAAAAACCAGGAAUCGUGGGCCCUGGACAUAGAGAUGGAGGACCUGAAGCUACUGUGCCCAGACGGUGGUGAAGCACCUCCCUCGGAACACGCACGAUGCCACCUGGCCGUGGUGCCCGCCAACGCUGUGGUGGUGCGCCUGGAGGAUAAAUGCCGCGUUUACAAGUUCCUGGACCGCGUUCAGAAUACGUUCGCCAACGCCACACAUGGUUUCUCGCUCUUUAGCUCGGUGGGGUACGGACAGCCUGAUGUCAUGUUCAGCGACUCAACUCUUAACCUGAUGAGGGUGAUGGGAACUUACCAGUCCUGGUUGGGACACAGUUACACCACCAUGCUUCAGGCUUUUGAGUGUGAAGGCCUGUGCUGAUUGGAUUAAGACUCUCUCUUUCUGCUUCUCUCUCUUUCUUUUCCACCUUCUACCACUGCAUACUUUUGCCAAGUUCUCAUUCUCAGGCUUCAUGCUUUCCUUCCUUCUCUUUCCUCUGUGCCCAUCCCACUACAUACGCCAUUCGAUCUGCGAUCUCACCGAAGACGAAGGCCGAUGAGGUUGCCUCAUGCUGUGAAGGGAUUCAUUCUAUUGAGCGUAUGCUGUGUUCAAAUCCAUGCAAUUUGAUCCACAUCCUUGGUUAAUGGAGGGGGGUCUACUUAGUAGAGCUUAGUAGAGUUGUUACCCUUGGCCUCCACGGGUAUAUUGUAGACGCCUGAUAAAUUUACAUUUUGGAGGACCAAAUACACUGUUCUUGACUUCCACCAUUAGCUCAGGUAUUCUCUAUACCUGCUGUAUACCAACCUUCUAGAGGAUCUUUGAUUAUAAAAGAUCAUCGCCAAUUCUCAAACGUCACUCUGGAAAAUGUUCUCCUGGUCAAGCAUACUCAUUGCAUUUUUUCUUGGACGGAUCUCAACACAGGUGCUCAUCCAACGCUGUUUUUCAGGACUUGAACAUAAUUUCAUGUAAAUAGUCUUUUUGUUUCUUUUAAUUUGUAGAACUGAUUUCCAUGAACAGCCUAUUAUCAAUAAAAAAAAAAGGAUUAAAAAUUGUUUAAUAGUCCUGUUUACUCUUCAGUGCAUCGGUUUAAAUGUUUUUAAUUACCUUUUUUUUGUGCGAGUAUUAUGCAGCAGUGGGGAAAAUGGCAAAACCGCAUCUCUAGGGCAGACGAGUGUAGCUUAUCCGUGAGAAUGACAACACAAAUGUAUUAUAAAUGAUAAUGACGUCUGAUAUGGGGUCCUAAUGGAUCGGUUUCAGUGUGGAAACACAGCUAAUGAACAUUAGCGCUUUCGAUUCGGGGUUAAUUAAGCAUUUGUUGGGCACACACAGCCUAAUGAACUUGACGUCGACAGCGCACAUAUCUAAUUAUCA